AUGCCAGCGCCGCACCUUGUGGACAGCUGCUACGCCUGGUUCAUAGCAGCCAUGUGUUCCUGGGUCCAGGUAUGGGCCGCCAUCAUCUUCCGCAGCUCGGGCAUCCUCCUUGUCGGUCUGGUGUCCAGCUUCCGCAUCUCCCGCGAGCAGGCCGCUUGGCCCUUCGAAAUCUGCACCACCAUCAACUGUAUGCAGGGCUUCACGGUCGGUGUUAUGGUCAGAUACUGGGACACCCGAGCGCUCAACAUAGGAGCUACUCUCGUGGCUUCAGUCUGCGCCAUUGCUUGCUUCAUUUCGAAUACGCCUACAGCCUACAUAGUAUUUAUUGGCAUCGGCUUCGGCGCCGGCACGGGCCUCAUGGUGCCCACAAACGUGGUGGUGCUGCAUCGCUACUUCGACAAGUACCGGACCUCGGCGAGCGGCCUGAGCUUCGCCGGCGCGGCGCUGAGCAGCAUACUGCUGCCGCCACUCAUCGGGAAGCUGUUGGACUUGUACGGCUUGCAGGGCACAAUGCUCAUCAUAGGCGCGCUCGUGUUGAACACGAUGGUUGGCGCCAUCGCACUCCGCUCGUCGCCCACCUUCCCGCGACCGCCGUGCCACACCCUGUUAAACACAACGUUCACUACCACCAGACGCAGCAGCACCACAUACAGCAGCGCCAGCAACGCCAGCAGUGGCCAAGGCACGGAGAACAAGAACUUCAUCACCGAGCUCUUCACCUCUGACGUGCCGUUGUGGGAGAGCGAACGAGUGCCCGACACAAAUGCUAUAGUGAUACCGGACGGCAUCACGCAGAUGUUCAGCUUCCUCCUGAACCCGAUGUUCGUGCCACUGAUGGUGACUGGCGCGGUGUAUGGCUACGUGUUCAGUACGUACCUGAUUACCAUCGUGGACCACGCGGCGGGUGCGGCGAAUGCCAGCCCCGAGCAAGGCGCCAUACUAGUCUCGACCAUGGCCAUGGGCGACUUCUUUAGCCGCAUCGGCGUCGGCUACAUCACCGACCGACAUUACAUCACUCGCGAGUGGAUGCUCAUCAUCAACUUCACCUUACAGACUUGCGCUUGA